CUUGAAUUAAACAGUUUUUCCCCCGGCCCCCGGGGAUGGCCACACACCAUUUGUACAGCAGAAGUUGGUGUUCCCCGAGACGGGAAACAAUGGGAGCCGGCCUGCCUGUGAAUAGGAGAGGAGCCUGCCGUUUGGAGAGUUUUAUGUUGAAUUUACAAAUGGAUCUGAGUGAGAAGAAAUCUGAGCAACGUGGAAACAGACAUGAAAUAAAGGGGAUUUUUUUGAUACCGAAAGGACACGCAGAGAAGGGACAGCCCCAUCGCCCCGCCAAGAGCAAGGACGCCCACGUGUGCGGCCGGUGCUGCGCCGAGUUCUUCGAGCUGUCGGACCUCCUGCUCCACAAGAAGAGCUGCACCAAGAACCAGCUCGUGCUGAUCGUCACGGAGAGCCCCGCCUCCCCGCCCGACACCUUCUCCCCCAGCCCCCCUCCCGAGAACCCCGGGGAACACGUGAAUGACACGCCUAGCAAAGCGGCGGCCUCCUCCCCAGCUUUCGCCAUAAGCAGCUUGCUCAGCCCUGCGUCCAACCCACUUCUACCUCAGCCGGCCCCCGCCAGCGCGGUGUUCCCCAGCCCUUUGCCCAGCGUGGGCACGACUGCCGAGGACCUGAACCCCUUGUCGGCCUUGGCCCAGCAGAGGAAGAGCAAGCCGCCCACCGUCGCGGCCUUCGAGGCCAAGAGCGCGUCGGACGAGGCGUUCUUCAAGCACAAGUGCAGGUUCUGCGCCAAGGUCUUCGGCAGCGACAGCGCCCUGCAGAUCCACCUGCGCUCCCACACGGGCGAGCGGCCCUUCAAGUGCAACAUCUGCGGCAACCGCUUCUCCACCAAGGGCAACCUGAAGGUGCACUUCCAGAGGCACAAGGAGAAGUACCCCCACAUCCAGAUGAACCCCUACCCCGUGCCCGAGCACCUGGACAACAUCCCCACCAGCACCGGCAUCCCCUACGGCAUGUCCAUCCCCCCCGAGAAGCCUGUCACCAGCUGGCUGGACACCAAGCCCGUCCUGCCCACCCUCACCACGUCGGUGGGCCUGCCGCUGCCCCCCACCCUCCUCCUGCCGCUCAUGUCCGAGCAGUUCAAGGCCAAGUUCCCGUUCGGGGGCCUCUUGGACUCCACGCAGGCCUCGGAGACGUCCAAGCUGCAGCAGCUGGUGGAGAACAUCGACAAGAAGGCCGCGGACCCCAACGAGUGUGUCAUCUGCCACCGGGUGCUGAGCUGCCAGAGCGCCCUGAAGAUGCACUACCGCACGCACACCGGGGAGCGGCCCUUCAAGUGCAAGGUCUGCGGGCGCGCCUUCACCACCAAGGGCAACCUCAAGACCCACUACAGCGUGCACCGCGCCAUGCCCCCGCUGCGCGUGCAGCACUCCUGCCCCAUCUGCCAGAAGAAGUUCACCAACGCCGUGGUCCUGCAGCAGCACAUCCGCAUGCACAUGGGCGGCCAGAUCCCCAACACGCCCAUGCCCGACGGCUACCCCGAGUCCAUGGGCUCCGACACCGGCUCCUUCGACGAGAAGAACUUCGACGACGUAGACAACUUCUCCGACGAGAACAUGGACGACUGUCCCGAGGGCAGCAUCCCCGACACGCCCCGGUCGGCGGACGCCUCCCAGGACAGCCUUUCGUCCUCGCCGCUGCCCCUGGAGGUGUCCAGCAUCGCGGCCCUGGAGAACCAGAUGAAGAUGAUCAACGCCGGCCUGGCCGAGCAGCUGCAGGCCAGCCUCAAGGCCAUGGAGAACGGGUCGGUCGAGGGGGACGUCCUGACCAACGACUCGUCCUCCGUGGGGGGCGACGUGGAGAGCCAGAGCGCGGGCAGCCCGGCCAUGUCCGAGUCCACCUCGUCCAUGCAGGCUCUGUCCCCCUCCAGGGGCCCCCAGUCCCCGGUGCUGCUGCCGGCCCUGCCCCGGAGAACUCCCAAGCAACACUACUGCAACACGUGCGGCAAGACCUUCUCCUCGUCCAGCGCCCUGCAGAUCCACGAGCGGACUCACACCGGGGAGAAGCCCUUCGCGUGUACUAUCUGCGGAAGAGCGUUCUCUCGCUCUCUCCCCUUGCAGGUCCACAUGGGCACCCACAUGUGGAACAGCACCCCCGCGCGGCGGGGCCGGCGGCUCUCUGUGGACGGCCCCAUGACAUUCCUCGGAGGCAAUCCCGUCAAGUUCCCCGAAAUGUUCCAGAAGGACCUGGCGGCCCGGUCGGGCAGCGGCGAUCCUUCCAGUUUCUGGAACCAGUACGCGGCAGCGCUCUCCAACGGGCUGGCCAUGAAGGCCAACGAGAUCUCCGUCAUCCAGAACGGCGGCGUCCCUCCCGUCCCCGGCAGCCUGGGCAGCGGGAGCAGCUCGCCCAUCAGUGGCCUGACGGGCAACCUGGAGAAGCUCCCCAGCUCCGAGCCCAGCGCGCCCCUGGCUGGCCUGGGGAAGGCCUUCCUCUGA